CUCUAGGUAGGCCAUUUGUAGAACAGACCAACAGUCUUCAAAGCAGGCACGGAUCGAGGGGAAAACGCAAUUAAGUCUGGUAAAACUGGUGCAAGGCCUUUCCCUUUUCUAACUAAAAGCUUUUAGAAAAGCAGACUCCACGUUUCUCAGUCUUCUUCUCCCACUACCCUACAACAGUUGCUUACUUACCCAUCUCUCUCUCCCCCCGUGUCUGAGCUGGGGUCUGAAGAAAAAGCUCAUUGAUUCAUUGUAGCUAUGCUGAUAAAUAUGUUCUGAUAUUUCAUCCUGCAUUUCCUUUCCUCUGAACCCUUGAGGACUUUAUGUAUGUGGUGAUACGGAAAUGCAUGUGAAGGCUAAUAGUACUCAGGAUCUCCAUCUAUAGUAGUAAAAACAACUUUACCAAAUGAAGAAAAAUGAAACCCAAGCCAUCAGAAAGGGAAUUAGGCAAUUGAUUGCAUAAAUAUUCCUUCACUUUGAUCAGCAGAACAUACAGGGGGAAAAUGACUAAAGUAACUCCAGAGUUCGUAGGGGCUGGGUUGCCGAUGUACACAUUUAAAUCGGUAUCAGCAGAUGUGAGCUUUGUUUCUAAUCAGUUCCCUAAAUAUAAGCUUGGACCGGAUUUUCAGAUUUUAGAGGAGACAGCAUUGGAAAACAAAGGUCCUCCCCUAAAGGAGGUUGUUGAGGAAGAAACUACUCGUCUAACGGAUCAACACAAGCGUCUCUCUGUACGAGACCUGGCUAGCAAAUUCGACAAGAAUUUGGCAUCUGCUGCUAAAUUGGCCAAUGAGGCUAAACUAAGAGAUGCCCCUUCUCUAGAGGGACACGUCCUUUUGAAGAAGCUAAGAGAUGCACUAGAAACUCUGAAAGGAAGGUUGGCGGGUCAGUACAAAGAGGAUGUUGAGAUAGCUAUUUCUAUGGUGGAAGCCUUAGCUGUACAGUUAACCCAAAAAGAAGGAGAUCUUAUACAAGAGAAGUUUGAAGUGAACAAACUUGUGAGCAUUUUAAAGCAGGCCUCAGAAGAUGCAAAAAGGUUGGUAAAUCAAGAGAGAUCUUUUGCUUGUGCUGAAAUUGAGAGUGCAAGAGCAGUUGUGCAAAGAAUUGGUGAAGCACUUGAAGAACAAGAGAUGGAUUCUCAAGUGUCUGGGAAACAGGAGGAAGUUAAGGAACUAAUGGAAGAGAUUCAAGAAGCUAGAAGAAUCAGGCUCUUGCAUAAGCCCAGCAAGGUGAUGGACAUGGAGCAUGAAGUUCAAGCACUGAGAACUCUUAUUAAAGAGAAAUCAGUGGUUUCUAUUAAGCUCCAACAUGAGUUAGCAAUGAAGAAGAGAAUGGAGCAAAACAAGUCUCAAUUGUAUCAAAUAGUUGGCUCAGAAAGUGUAGGCUCAAUUUUACGGAUCCAGCCAUCCUCAGACAAAGCCGUUGAUCUUUUGAAAUGUUCAAUUCAGUGGUAUCGGUUAUCAUCUGAAUGCAGCAGAAGAGAGCCUAUUUUAGGUGCGGAUAAAUCUGUUUAUGCCCCUGAACCUAUCGAUGUUGGACGCGUUCUAGAAGUUGAUAUCGUCUCAACUCACUCAAAGUCCAUAGUGACCACCAUUGGACAAAUAAAUCAAGUAGCUGGGCUGGAGAAUUAUUUGGAGACACUUCUUCGGAAAUCCAACACGGAAUUCUGUGUGGUUAUUGCCCAGAUGAAUGGAAGGAACUACUCAUCUCGUUCUGUUCAUUCAUUUCAUGUUGGGAAAAUGAGGAUGAAGCUUUCAAGAGGAUGGAUUACAAAAGCUAGAGAUCCUUAUUCCGUUUCCAUGCAGCUUUGCGGAUUCAGAGGGGGAGGGAACUCUGCAGCAAAGUCAUUGUUCUGGCAACCUCGAAAAGGUCAGUCCUUUGUGUUGGUCUUUGAUUCAGAGCGGGAAAGAAAUGGAGCUCUUGUUCUGGCAAGAAGGCAUGCUCUUGAUUGCAAUGUGAACCUUGCCGGGCCUGAUGAUGAUGUAUUGCUGUGAAAUCUAACCGCUGUCUCAUUCAUUUGUUUGUUUUUUCUUUUUUUGGUGGUUUAAAGGAAGUUGGUUGCAUGUGUGGUGAAAGAAAGAUGGUUUGUUACUAAUGACUUUUUGAGUUACAUCCAUGAGGCAUUUGUUUUAUUGUGUGCCCAAUCAAGGGGUUGUAACCAUGUCACUGCUGAUCAUUUAUUCAUUUUUCAAGUGUGUUGUUUUUAUAUUUUUUGUGCUUUGUGUUUGUUACUUUGUUAAUGCCUCGGUGGAUAUUGCAAGUGCACGGAAUGACGUCAUGUAUAAUAAUAAUAAAUAAAUUGAUAACCCCGCAAAUAAUAACAUUGUUUAUUUGGGGACUUAUUUAA